UUCACAGUCGAGACAUUGAAGAGAUAACACGUCUAGCUUGUCAGAUCUCUUUGUUUUUCCUUCGAAUCCACUCCGAACGAUGUCUGGAAUUUACACCAAGAAAUGUGUGGACGACGUCUGGGAUAGUUCGGAAGGCGCUCUUCCUUACAAGUUGCAGCGGAUAGCCGAGGAAGAGUUGGGAGAGACAUCUGCGAAGAGAAAAGAAUCCCUGGAAAGACUUUCAGAACUUUUGGAAGGUUUUUCGCGUCAUUUUACAGCAGAGACGGAAGUGAAUUCUCAGAGAGACCCUGCCUUUCUUUUGCGCUUUCUGCGGGUGCGAAAGUACGACGUGGAAUCGGCCCUGCGAACUAUUAGGAACUACUACAGAAGCCGAGUCAUCAGCGCGUCGUCUUACCAGGAAUUGCUUCCAAGCAGAGUGCCCCCAGCUGCUCGCAAUCUUGUCAUGACUUUGGCGGACACGGAUCGCCAUGGGAGGCUCAUUCUUCUCUGCCGACCAGGCAUAUGGGUGCCCGAAGAACUACCGUACGCUGAUUUUCAUCGCGCUUGCCUGCUCUGUUUGGAACAAAUGGCGCUGAAUCCCGUGGCACAAACUUCCGGAAUCGUUCUAUUGGUUGAUUACGCUGAGUUCACGGCUGACAAGAUCUUGUCCGUGAAUAUAGGGCUUGUUAGAAAAGCCCUAGGAUAUGUACAGGAUGGCAUGCCGAUGCGAUUGAAAGCAGUCCACAUUGUAAGACAGUCAUAUGCUUUCGACAUGGUUUUCGCUCUCUUCAAACCCUUCAUCAAGGCAAAAAUGGCUGAGCGGUAUCGUUUCCAUGGUGAAAACUUUGAGAAGCUUCACGAGGAAAUACCGCCGAGCGCGCUGCCGGUGGAGUACGCCGGCCAGGGACCACCACUUGACUUUGAGGCGUACUGGAGACAACUCGACCAGCAAGAAGAAUUUUUGGCGCAUGAAAACACCUUCGGUUAUGCCACUGAAAACAAAGAUGACAUGCUGGCCGAAUGUGACACCCCACGUGAUUUGAAUACGUUUUGACAGGAAGAGCACCGUCGAGGGGACCGCGUAACUUUUGUUUUUUCAUUAAAUAAAUGAAAUAAACUUUUAGAUAUAACA